AUGAAUAGUACGGAACCACACUAUAAGCACUACUGGGCAUGGCAUCACCUCAAUUGUUCAGGAGAGGACGGUGAAAGGCCUGGAGUCAUCAACUGGGUCGCUCAAGGUCUGACCAAGGUCCUGCCUCAGCCUCAGGAAAAGUACAAAGAGACUGAAGAGGAGGAGGAACACACUGAGGUCUAUGAAGUAGCCACAAUGCCAGAUUAUGACCCACUCCCACACAUCCCAGUGGUGGAGAUGGUGUCGGAAGACGAGGAGGAGGAGAAUCCGAGUCAUCAGUUUCCUCCAAACGUGGUGAACUGGGUUAGAAACAUGGUCCCACAGCCCGUCAUACGACCCUCUGGGGCCGUCAUUGUGGACUCAUCAAAACCCCCCCGUUCGACUCGAUCCUCGCUGGAAAAAGUUCUGUCUCCGCCCCCUGAGUCUCUCAGUGGAAUCUCUCUGGAUACGGACAGUAAGGUCUCGGGCGUGGUCGGCUGGUUCGUGUCAGGACUGGGUCUGAAGUUGCCUCAGCCUGUGGUUCCACCCAAAGGUGACGACGGGGCUGCAGUUGAGGUUCUUCAAAAAGCUUCAGCCAAACUCAACCCUGACAUGGUCCUUGAAGAUGUGGAGUCUGACAACGAGUGUCAGCACAGACGUGAGGAUUAUCACGGUGGUCCAGGACCGACCGCAGCACUGACCCCUACCAGGCCGGCGUCAGAACAAACGGAGAACGGGAGUGAGCCGUGUCAGGAGGACGCGGAGACUCAGACGGGCCGCUGGACUCCUUUCAUACAGAGCAUCAAGAUGGAGGCCGAAGGUGUAGCUCUGGCUACGAUGGAGGAGCGACUCCUGCAGGAGCGCGUGGAGGUGGCUCGUAUGGCUGAAGAAGUGGCCAGACAGACGGCGGAGAUGGCCGUCAGACAGAUGGCCUGUGAGGGGCAGUCCAUCAAACUCUCACUGGGCAGCGAGGAGCUGCUGGAGGAGCCUGACGCUGGGACCAAAGUGAGUCUUCCUGAGGAGACGUUGGAGGAGGAGACAGUUGUCUCCACCGACACUGUUUUAGACUCCACAUCAGACACAGCAGCACAGCAGACUCCUCCUUCUCCAAGUGCAAGUUCUGAACCACUAAAGACCUCUGAGACCGGGACCAACCCGGCACCUGAACCUGAUCCAGAGCCUGAACCUGAACCUGAACCUGUACCUGAACCUGAACCUGAAGUUGAAGAAGACAAACCUGAAACAAAACCUGAAUCCGAACAAACCCGUGAACCUGAAUCUAAAGUCCCUGCUGUUGAUCUUACAUCUGCUCCUGAACCAGAGACCAGAGAAGCUCCGCCUGUAACGCUGCAGCCGCAGAGAGCAGAGGAAGAACGUCCAGGGACCAGUACUGAGGACACACUUCAAAAAGAGGAGGAAGCCACUGAGGACGGAUGUGGGGCUCCCGCCAGCUGUGAUGCGUUCAAGAGCUGCCUGAUGCGCCUGCCUCAAACCUCGGAGUGCUUCGGCAACAUCAACGCUUUCUUCAAAGAGAACGGCCUCUCCUCCCUCAAAGUACCCCCCAGGCCCAGGCUGCCCACCCGCUUCUCCGACGUGACCAAGUACCUGCCCACGCUGCCCCCUGAAUUACGCCAAGAGUUCUCGCAGAUCAGACUCACUCAGGUUCCUCGGAACAUCGCCCAGACCCUGACGGAGUUUUUACCCAAGAGCUCGGAGGGUUCCCUCGCCCCCAGUCUGUCCAGCCUUUCCCAGAGCUUCUCAACAAUCCCACAGAAGCUCUCCCAGGUUCCCAUCCAGACGCAGCAGUACUUCAACAACAUCCGGAACCGCCUCAACAGCCUCCUGCCCCAGGAUGCCAAGAAACAACAGCAGCAGCAGCAGAAACAGAAGCAGGAGCAGAAUCAGCAGGAUGUAGAACUGAACCCACUCGUCAGACACUCCCCUCUGCCCUCUCCCCUUCAUCCUCACCUCCGGUCCCGCUCCCCGUCUCCAUGCUCGCUCAAUGGCAGCACCCUGGAGUUGCCCAAUGUGCCGUCCUAUCCGCGCCUGCCGCCAAUAGUCAGCCCACCAUCGAAACAGUUCCAGUCCCCGUCCCACCAGCUGUCAGGCCUCUCCAACCCCGCGUUCUUCAUCGAAGCUGAUCCAGAUGUUUCACCAACAAGACCUGCAGAAACCUCCAGCCUUAGCCUCCACCCAGCUGUCAACGUGGAGGACGUGGACUCUGACAACGAGCCGAGGGAAGCAGGAGAGGAGGGACGGAGUAAGGUCCCUCAAAUCCUGGCUCCACAGGAUCCAAAACUCACAACCCUGACUGUCCCUGUGACUCCCUCUGGUGGCCGUCAGAGUAAAGGAGACAAAGAUGGAAGGAAUCGCAGAACUGUCUGGACCAAGAUGCGAAGGUUUCAUUCCCAGAGUGAGGAUGACGAUGAUGAAGGAAAUCUUCCGGUCAGAGCCUGGCCCAGCCAGUCCAGUUUGCACAGCAAUGACGACAGUUUGCGGGAGCGUCCGGCGUCUUCCGCCAGUCAGACCAGCACAGUGGUCAACGAGCGUUUACAGGAGUUGGUCAAGAUGUUUAAACAGAGGACGGAGAAGGCCAAGGAGAAACUGAUCGACCCUGACAGCUCAGAUGAAGACAGCGUCGUCCCCUCACCUCCUCAGCCGGCUGCAGGAGAACAACAACCGCAGGACAAAGGAGACGUGGAGCCUCAGGCAGGUCCGUCAGGAGGAGGAAGAGGAGGAAGAGAAGUUGGUGAAGGAGCAGAGAGCGAUGCGGCCCAAGAGCAGGCUGGGAGGUGCUGCAAGGUGAAAUCUCCACGGUGGAUGCGAGCCUGUCUGAACUACCGCUUGCCUGCCAGCAUCGACCCCUUCACUAACCUGAUGUACGUUCUGUGGAUGUUCUUGGUGUCUCUGGCCUGGAACUGGAACAUGUGGUUCAUCCCCGUCCGUUGGGCUUUCCCUUAUCAGACACCGGACAACAUUUAUUACUGGCUGCUGACCGACUACCUGUGUGACCUCAUCUACAUCCUGGACAUCACCGUCUUCCAGCCGCGGCUGCAGUUUGUCCGCGGGGGAGACAUUGUGAGUGACAAAAAGGACAUGAGGAAGAAUUACAUGAAGACCAAACGCUUCAAGUUUGACGUAGCCAGCCUUGUUCCCUUGGAGCUGUUCUACUUCAAAACCGGCAUCAAUCCCCUGCUGCGGUUGCCCAGGCUGCUGAAGUUCAACUCCUUCUUUGAAUUUAAUGAACGACUGGAGGCCAUUUUAACCAAAGCCUACAUCUACAGAGUGAUCCGCACCACCACCUACCUACUGUACUGUCUCCACAUUAACGCCAGUCUCUACUACUGGGGUUCUGCUUUCAAUGGACUGGGAUCAACAAAGUGGGUGUACAACGGCAAAGGCAACAGUUACAUCCGCUGUUACUACUACGCGGUGAAGUCCCUGAUCACCAUCGGAGGACUCCCAGACCCCACCACCCUGUUUGAGAUAAUCUUCCAGCUGAUCAACUACUUUGUCGGAGUCUUUGCCUUCUCGAUCAUGAUUGGACAGAUGCGUGACGUGGUCGGUGCAGCCACUGCAGGUCAGACCUACUACCGCACAUGCAUGGACAGCACUAUUAAAUACAUGUCCUCGUAUCGCAUCCCAAAGGACGUCCAGAACCGCGUGAAAACCUGGUACAAUUACACCUGGCAGUCUCAAGGCAUGCUGGAUGAGCAGGAGCUGCUGAAUCCCAGGAGGUAAAAUGUAUUUCUGCACCAAAAAUCGACUCGUCUCACUCCAUUUUUGAAGGGCUGUGACAGACAGAUGAUCUUUGACAUGCUGAAAAGUCUCCGCUCUGUUGUGUACCUGCCGGGUGACUACGUCUGCAAAAAGGGCGAGGUGGGUCGGGAGAUGUACAUCAUAAAGGCCGGGGAAGUGCAGGUGGUCGGAGGACCCGACGGGAAGACGGUGUUUGUCACGCUCACAGCUGGAUCAGUCUUCGGAGAGAUCAGUCUGCUUGCGGUCGGUGGCGGUAACAGGCGUACAGCUAAUGUGAUUGCUCACGGUUUUGCCAAUCUCUUCAUCCUGGACAAGAAAGACCUGAAUGAGAUCCUGGUCCACUAUCCUGAGUCUAAGAAGCUGCUGCGCAAGAAGGCCAGAAAGAUGCUCAACAAGGGAAAGAAACCAGAGCCUAAAGAAGAGCCCAAAGAUCCCCCGCCUCCAGCCCCCGUGAGACCAGAGACGCCCAAACUGCUCAGAGCCGCUCUGGAGAUGACGGAGAAGUCGUCUGGACUCAGAGGAGCUCUGGCUGAGGUCAAGAGGAGGACCAGCAAGUCCUUCAUCUCCUCACAGCCCUCCGUCUCCUCCUCCCAGCAUACCUGUUCUCCCAGCUUCAGCUCUGGGCCGGAGAGAGAUGGCGACACGCCCUCACCGGUCUUUGCCAGCUCAAUGACACUUUGUUCUCCUUCCCGCUGUCAUAGUAAGAGCUCACUGGCCCCUCGGCCUCUACCGAGGUGCAGCAGUGAUGCGGAUGAAACAUCAGCCAUGGACCAAAAACAGGAGGAGGCUGUUGAAGACAAAAAGAACGAGAGUGAGUCAAGGAGAGUUUUGAGAAGUCGUGAAGGAAGAAGGAAGGAGAGGUGAAAAA